GGUGUGGGAUAGUAUAAAUUGGAUCAAUUUCACCCGUUUAUACGCAUAUCUCAUAAUCGAGUCACUUUGAAAAAGGGGAAAGAAAACUACACAAUGGGAGGAUCAUAUCUUCUUCGGUCUUUGGGACUUGUCAGCAUUCUUAUUGGAUGUAUCUAUACCUCAGCAGAACAAACCUCCAGCACCGCAACAGAAUGGCCUCGACAGACAUACAAGAGUACUUCGGUGCAAGCCCCUUAUAUGAACGUCACCAAAAACGGCAAGACCGAACUAGGAUACCUCUUCAUCUCACCCUCAGAUUCGAUAGCAGGAGUCAGCCACCCUAUGAUCUACUCCGAUGAUGGCGAGCUCGUCUGGCGGGGCGAAUUGGGAAAUAUCUCCGCAUAUAUCCCGCAGACGCUAGAUGGAGAACCCGUCCUCACAUACUUCCACGGAGCCGACCCAGGAUUAGGCUUCGGAUAUGGCUCCAUCGGUAUCCUGAACAGCUCGUACCAGCAGAUCUACGAUGUCACGCUACCGGGAGAUAAACAAAACUUCGUCACGGUCUUUCACCCCGAGACCUUCCCAUCCUACAUCGAUAUCCACGAGAGCCAGAUCACAGACCAAGGAACCUUACUCGUCACCGCUGUGAACGUCACCCAGUUGGAUCUGCGGUCAGUGGGGGGACCAGAGAAUGGCUGGGUUCAAGAUGGUCUGUUUUACGAGAUUGAUAUCAAAACCAACGAGAUUCUCUUCCGUUGGAGUACCUUGGAACAUCUAUCCCAGAUUCCCCUCUCAAACGCGCGUGAGCCACUUGGGGAGAAGGGCAGGAAUAUGAGUGAUCCAUGGGAAUAUCCUCAUUUGAAUUCCGUUGCUAAGUACGGGGAUUCCUAUCUCAUUUCCUCGCGGUACACGUGCAGUUUGUUCCUCAUAGACAAGGAUGGUAAUGUAACUUGGCAUAUUCAUGGCCAAACAGGCGGCGACUUCGACCUAGGCAUAGGAGCAACCUUCUGCUACCAACACGACGCACGUUUCGCACACCAUUCCCCCGAAAAAGCCACCCUCCACAUCCACAACAACGAAAACGCAAACUUCCCCCCCUACACAACCCUAACAACCGGCCUCGUCCUAGACAUCGACUUCAAGACCAAAAAGGUCACCGCAAACCGCACCCUCUACGACUCGGACGAGUUCGUCUUCGUUCACUCACAGGGUAGCUAUCAGAACCUAACCAACGACCACGUCCUCCUCGGACACGGCUCCACGCCCAAGAUCGAAGAAUACGAUGAGCACGGCGCCUGUGUGAUGAGGGCGAGAUUCGGGCAUGAUAUCGGUAUGCAGUCGUACAGAGCUUACCGGAAGCCCUGGGUUGGACGGCCCAAGACGAAGCCUGAUGUUGUGGCUUGUCCGGAGAAGGGGAAGAUGGCGGUAUAUGUGAGCUGGAACGGGGCGACAGAUGUGCAGUCGUGGAAGAUUCUGACGGGGUCGGGGUCUGGGAAUCUCAGCGUUGCGGAAACUGCACCGCGUAAUGGCUUUGAAACUAAGGUUUGGGUUGAUGAGGUUUCAGAUAAGGUUAUUGCUAAGGCUGUUGGGGGUGUUGGUGAUGGGACCAUGUCGAAGGUUGUCACCGUUGGGGAUGGUUGCUGA